UUUUUUAUGUUGCUCACAAGACGCUGAAUAAGUUGACGUUAAUAACAAUUAGCUAUCUAGCUGGUAAAUUAAAUACAUUAUUAUCAACUCUCUUUGAGCGUUUUCGUCGCUCUGCGGUCGUCUAAGACAGUGUUUUUGCUAAGAAAAUCAACCGAAACCCAUGGAGACCUCCGAGCCCGGCCUGGCAGAUGGAGAAGAGCGGUCUGUGGAGCUGCGGCCGAGAACGCGCUCCAACCCGGAGGGCGCUGAAGAUCGGCGCAGCAGCACUGGUAGCUUAGGCAGCAGCAACACCAGCACGCCGCAGCCCGCCGUGGGCAGCCGAGUCGAGGGAGAAGGAGAAGCCUCAACCAGCGACAGCCCUCCUAACACCGCCGCAUCAGCCCAGGCAGCUGCCCCGGCCAUAGCAACUACCGUCAACUCCAUGGUAGGCCUGCCUGCUCCUGCGCCGUUAGCCAAGGACAGGCCCAAGCCUGCCCAGGCCCCUGCCCACCUGACGCACUCCAUCCCUCCCAUGACGGAGUUCCAACUACGCGCCCCCCGGGUAAACUGUCCAGAGAAAGUGAUAAUCUGUUUGGAUCUCUCUGAAGAAAUGUCAUUGCAAAAGCUUGAGUCCUUCAAUGGAUCCAAGACCAACGCUCUUAAUAUUUCCCAGAAGAUGAUCGAGAUGUUUGUGAGAACAAAGCACAAGAUUGACAAACGGCAUGAAUUUGCCCUGGUGGUGGUAAAUGAUGAUGCCUUGUGGCUGUCUGGGUUCACCUCUGACCCUCGGGAGCUGUGCAGCUGUCUCUAUGACCUGGAGACGAACAUUUGUGAGACCUUCAAUCUAGAAGAUCUUCUUAGUGUUAUCCAUCAGAAGAUUGAGCUUCCAAUGAUGGACAACAUCCAAACCAUCCCUCCUCCAUUUGUAGUUAGGACCCUCCUAAUCUACAGUAGACAUGCUGGACAGCUGCAGUUCAACCCAUCAGAUGCUGUCAAUAAGAUGCUGCAGUCUCCCUACUUCUUCUUUGAUGUUGUUUAUCUUCACAACGGAGCUGAGGAGCAGGCGGAUGAGUCCAGCUGGAAGGAUGUCUACACGUCGUUCUGUGACUUGGACACCAAGGGAACGUGUUACCGUUUUGAGGUCUCCCUAUGUGGGCCUGCUCUUGAGCUCCAUAACUGCAUGGCCAAGCUGCUGUCCCACCCGCUACAGAGGCCCUUCCAGAGCCACGCAUCCUACAGCCUGCUUGAGGGGGACGACGCCCAGGACAUAGAGGCCGCUGUCUAACUGGCGCGCCUGUUUAAGGAUAAUGUUGAGAUUCUACAGGCUUUUGUUCAUUUGGUGGUUCAUCGGGAGAUGUUAGUGCUGGGCUUGAACAUAAGCCUGUUCAAUCAGGUGUUUUAGUGCUGGGCUGGACAGAAGGUCAGUAUGUUUUGACUCCAGAACCAUGGUUGGAGUCUUUUGUUCUAACUGGACAAUAGCAGUUAUGUGCUGGGCAGUGACAAUGAUAGAACAUUACAAUGGGACAUUGUUGGCAUGUACCUCAUUUUUUAUGUCUAAUCUGGGUAUGGUGUAUUUAACCCAAACAGUGUGUUUGAGUACUUGGUCAUCCAUUGAUGCCCACCAUUCGAAUGUGUAACAUUAAAAACUGUUUUGUGUGAGAAGGCACAGGGCUAAGAAAUUUUAUUUGGUGUACAUAUUGUCUAAGCUAAAAACCAUGCAAUGUUUCAUUUAAAUCUUUGAAAAGCUGAGACUGCCACAAACACGUCUGUGUGUCCUGUAUUGGUCUAUGAUGCUAACACAUGAUGGUCCAGACAAUAUUAUAUGGAGUGUUAUUUUAAAUCCCAGGACGAUGUUGAUAAUCAAGCCCAUUAAGUUGCGGUCCCAAACUUGAUAUAUGUGGAACAAUUAUGAAAAUCAUUAAGGAUGGAAAUUCAGAUUUCACAGCACUGUAUAGUCCUACACAAUUGACGUGACCUUUUUCCAUGGCUGGCUUGUGGGAAAGGUACAAUAAAAUAGCCAAGUAUAGUGCUAAAUUCAGCACCAGGCUACAUGUUCUCUGUUGGUUUGGAAAUCCUUAUGUUCUGUCACUGUAAACUGGUUAAUUUUAUAUUAUUUGCGGCCAUACAUCUGUCAAUGGCUGUUUCAAUUUCCAACAAUGUUGCUUGUUGCUAGAUAGUUGUUUUUAAAUCAUUUGUUUUUUGUUUGCUUGUCCUGUUACUGAGGGAAUGAAUGAAUGUAGAGUAGGUAUGGACCGAAUCGCAUACUACACUGUUUGACUGUGAUUGGUUGAAGGGUGACUGUCAAACUGCACUAAAAUGAUUUGUACAAAUGUUAAUUUUAAAGCUGUUUUUGAUUAUUAAAACAAUGUUCUGUUUCA